GCAUCGAUAAUUUUGUACUUUUUUUUUGAACAGAAUAUUUCUGGAAAUUUCGACUUGCCACAGAGCCGAGCCGAAACGAGCGCCAAUAAACAACGUUAGCGAAGCCACCGAAACCAUUGCCGGAUCCAGGGACGGGCCAAUUCCAUUGCACUUUCAUACAGCAGCAGCCAGCAGCAGCAAAUCGCCGAAGCAUCAACGAUGGCCAAAUGGGGAGAAGGAGAUCCUCGUUGGAUUGUUGAGGAGCGUCCCGACGCCACCAAUGUGAACAACUGGCACUGGACGGAAAAGAAUGCAACGCCCUGGUCCAAGGAGAGAUUGCAUCAGCUGUUCAAGGACUUUAAAAUAGACCAAAGCGACACCGAGUGCGUGGUCGAGGCAGUGGACAAGUGCCAGGGCGAGGCGACCGUCAACAAUCGCAAGGGCAAGCUGAUAUUCUUCUACGAGUGGGAGCUGGUUCUGAAGUGGUCCGGCCAGCUGCUAAAGAACAGCAAACUGUCGCACAAGGGCAAGCUCACCAUACCGAAUCUGUCGGAGGAGAACGAUCUGGAGGAUGUGGAGAUCACGGUGACCAUCGAUGAGUCCAACGACGAGUCGGAGACCCUCAAGCAAUUCAUGUACAAUGUCGGCCGCGACAGCAUUCGCAAGCAGCUGGGCGUCUACAUCAAGGAGCUGAAGGAGGAGUACUCCAAGAACUUGAUACUACCAAAGAAGGGCGAGGAGGGUGGCAACGGCAACAACAGUGCCAGCCUCAAGGAUGCCAACAACGCCAAGAAUGCGGCCCAAAAGGCAGCAGCUGCGGCAGCGGCCGCUGCCGUGACCACCACAGCCAAGGGCCCGGACUCGAAGGGCCCGGGCUGCAAGCUGGAUGUGCGCACGCUCACGAUGUCCGAGGAGUUCCACUGCCAGGCCAAUGAUCUGUACAAUGCCCUCACCAAGCCCGAUAUGGUAACGGCCUUUACACGGGCACCCGCCAAAGUGGAUCCAGUGCGCGGUGGAGAAUUUGUUCUCUAUGGCGGCAAUGUGUUGGGUAAAUUCGAGGAGCUCAUUCCGGAGAAGAAGAUACAGCAGAGCUGGCGUCUGAAAAACUGGUCCUCUGGUCACUACUCGAACGUGCUCAUAGAGCUAGAGGAGACUUCUUCCAGCACCGUGAUGACGCUCAAGCAGACCGGCAUUCCCGCCUCCGAGUACGAUGCCAUGAAAACCAAUUGGCAUCGAUACUACUGGCAUAGCAUCAAGCAGACCUUUGGCUUUGGCACCAACAUUGCCGAUUCUUUAUAAGCAAAGAGGCCUAGAGGAGCUAGAGCUAGAUCCUACACUGGAUUGGAUUUUGGGGCUGCUUUUUGUAUUCAAUUUACUGUUUCUGUGCUGCGCGAAAUUCAUUCAUUUCCUUAGCUAUAAUUUCUGUUAAUCUUUCACAAACAAUUCUUUAAUUCGACAACUAACGAUCGUCCGCUCGUUUGCAGCAGCAGCAGCUACAGUAAAACCACACUACAUACGAAAACUAAACACUUACAAGACACACAAAAUUCACGCUUCGCUCCGAUGACAUUGAUGACAUUUCACACACACACACACACAUUGAAGAAAUUCAGAGUUGAAUAAAACGAGAAAUCUGAAAAUAGAAUUUGAUAAUUUCAUUUAGAUAGAAUCUUAGAUAUUCUAUAAAGAAAACUGUAAUUAUAAUCCUGAUACUUAAAUCUGAAUGUCGGCUUAAUUUUAAUAUAACAGAAUUCUGUUUCAAAGAGAAUACAUUACCGAAUG